AUAUUUUUACUGAGUAUUUUUCGAUUAAAUGCAAAAAUCGAUCCGGUCCUUGGCUCAAAAUUUACAAAACCAUGAUUCAGUUAUUUAAUUAUAAUGUACUGUAUAUUAUAGUACACUGUGGCAAUUGUUAUUGUGCACUCAGUACAGUAUAGGUGUUAAGUAAUUUCAAAUUUUGCAUUAUGGAAUUCCAUUUGAAGAAACCUAGUUUGGUUCUACAGCGUCAGAGACAAGUUGUGGAAAACGAUGAAUCUAAAGGAUACAACAAAAUUCCACUCAAUCAAUCACAAGGAAACCACUAUGUUGUCACUACUAACGAUAGGACCAGUAGAAAUGUAACUUCAGAAAGAAUCACAAUGCUUGAUUCAAAUACAGAGCAAUAUAACUGUGCAGUUGAAGCAUCUAAAAGUUCACCUGAAAUUACAAAAUGUAAUUCUAGUUGUUUUUCUGAAAAUAAUUCUACCUCUCGUGCUAUGAAGUCUUGCGAAAAUAACAAAAAAUUGGCUUCCAGGGUAGAUGUUACGAACAACAUUGCAGCAAAAACCGCAUACUUAAAAUCACAUAUUGCCAAAUUAGAAAAACUCGAUUACGAUAUAUUGCAAAAAGUGUUUAACAUGUUCAUUAAUUUACCGGAAAACGUAGCGGUUACAAUUCCUGGUCUCCGUGAUGCAUCGUCGCUACCUCAUAUUAAAAAAAUUCGUCAAAAAAUAAUUAACAAACUAAAUGUCGCCAAGGUACAGUUGAAAAGUCAAUUAAAAAUAUUAGACAACAAUGAAGCUAUUUUGCCUUACUCGGACAUAGAUAUGCCGACUUGUACAAAGUCAAAAGACAUUAAUCAGUAUUUAGGUAAUCAGACACCCGAACUAGCUUCUGAUUUUAAUUCUCAUUUAUUACACACGGAAAAUAUUUUCAAUAAAUCUUCGGUUAACAGUAUAAAUAAAGCAAAAACCAGAAGAAAUUGUUCAGAAGUUGCUCAAUCUAAUGUAAGACCAAAAUUGAAAACGUUUACACACAAUGAGAUAAAUAAGUGUGAAACAGAUGAAGACAAUGAGGUCGUCAACGAUAUAGUUAAAACUAAUAGUGACAAACCAAAAAAUGAACUUGUACAAGCUGACAUCAGCUCACCAUAUUCACACAGUGUUCCAUUACAAUUUAAUAAUUCAUUAAGCCCGUCAUUGAGUAAUUUCAACGAGUUUGGUUUUAAAAACUCUCAUUCCAUUGUCAAUAUUGAAAAAUCUACUACCAAGAUCAAUAUAUUGAAUGAUGAAACAAAUGCUCAGAAAUAUUGUUUGGAAAACAAUGACAUCGCAUCUUCAAGUGUAGACAAGAGUGAUUAUUCCAAGCAAGACUCAAAUAUUGCAGAGUUUAGUAAAACGGAAUAUGACCAUUCGUGGGAACUCGGAAUGGUGUUUGAAAAAACGUUUGGCCUGCGUCACUUUCGUCCCAACCAACUCGAGGCUAUAAACGCGGCAUUGCUUGGACAUGAUUGUUUUAUACUGAUGCCUACCGGAGGAGGUAAAUCGUUGUGCUAUCAAUUGCCCGCGGUAAUAAGUAGUGGUGUCACCAUUGUCAUAUCACCACUUAAGUCUCUAAUUGUAGAUCAGACACAAAAACUGAAAUCUCUUGAUAUAUCAACUGCACACUUGCUGAGCGGUAUUCCACCCGAAGAAGAACUCGACAUUUUAAAAAAUCUUUGUGCCGCCGAACCACAAGUGAAAUUACUUUACGUGACACCUGAAAAAAUUGCUGCAAGUGGUAGACUGUCACAAAUACUGGACAAUUUAAAUGCUAGAAACUUACUAUCUCGUAUUGUUAUUGAUGAAGCCCAUUGUGUUUCUCAAUGGGGUCAUGAUUUUCGGCCAGACUAUAAAAAAUUGGGAUUUUUCAAACACAAAUAUCCUAAUGUUCCAAUCAUGGCAUUGACAGCGACUGCAACAAUGCGUGUCCGUGAAGAUAUUUUGCACCAGUUGAAUAUACAACAAACUAAAUGGUUUAUCUCCAGUUUUAAUCGUCCCAAUCUUAUUUAUGAAGUUCAUUCAAAAAAGGGUAAGGCUGUGAUGAUUGAUAUAGCUGAUUUGAUUAAAUCCAAAUUUAAAAAUCAAUCCGGUAUCAUCUACUGUUUAACGAAAAAAGAGUGUGACGAUACUGCCAAAACGAUGAGUCGACAGGGAAUAAAAGCGGCUAGCUAUCACGCUGGAUUGAGUGAUAAAAUACGAAAAGACACCCAAUUACGAUGGUCUUCGAAUAAAAUAAAUGUUGUUUGUGCCACAAUCGCCUUUGGAAUGGGCAUCGAUAAGCCCGAUGUUCGCUUCGUCAUACAUUAUUCUUUGCCCAAAUCUAUUGAAGGUUAUUACCAAGAAUCUGGGAGAGCCGGAAGAGACGGCAGUGUAUCAUAUUGUCUUUUAUAUUACAAUUAUUCAGACAUGCAACGUAUUCAAAGACUGAUUCAAAUCGGCAGUGGAGCAACAAAUGAAACUAAGAAAGUUCACUUUCAAAAUCUCUGUAGAAUUGUAUCGUAUUGUGAAAACAAAACUGAUUGCAGACGUGCAUUGCAACUUAACUAUUUCAAUGAAAAGUUCAACAAAAACAAUUGCCUAGCAAACGAAACAACUGCCUGCGAUAAUUGCCGGAACAAAAUUUCAACUAAACUUGUCGAUGUCACCGAAGAGAGCAUUAAAAUUGUAAAAAUGGCUCAAGCGUUGUGCGACUUCGAAAGGCAUUCUCAAAUCAAUUUUACCUAUACACAUUUUGUUGACAUUUUUAAAGGAACUAAAAGUGCCAAGGUGAUGUCGUUCGGCCACGAACAGCUAGAUUUAUUCGGCUGUGGAAAACAUUGGGAAAGACAAGACAUUGAACGUCUGAUGCAUAAGCUUACACUCGAAGGGUAUUUAAGAGAAGAAAUGAUUGCAUCUAAAGCGAAUAUAAUUAAUUCAUAUAUUCGUGUUGGUUAUGAAGCCGAUAGACUUGUUAAUGGAUUUGUUAGGUUGAAAAUGGCCUACAGCCCAAAAACGGUUUCAGCCGUAAAAACCCAUAAUAAUACCCAUACAAAUCAUAAUCCACUGAUUAAGGAAAUACAAGAGAAAUGCUAUGAAGACCUGAUGGAUGUUUGCCGAGGUUUAGCUGCUUCAUUGAGUAUCAAUUAUACGGCUGUGAUGUCUAUGCAAACUAUUCAGUUGAUGGCGAACGCGUUACCACAAAAUAAAGAUGACAUGUUGAAAAUUGAAGGUGUCACGAAAUCAAAUUAUGAAAAAUACGGCGAACCUCUACUAGAGAUAACAAAACAAGCUGCCUUGGAGAAAUUAUCCGUGAUACGUGCUGAAGAAGAACAAAAAUUAGCGAAUCAAGAACAAGAAAAUGAAACAAAUUUGUUUGAUAGCAUUUCAUCGUCAUCAAACCAUUGUUAUUCCGAGAUGGUUAACCAAAUGAUGAACAAUGAUUUUCGUGGUAAAAAAAGAAAAUCUACUUUUAACAGAAGCUCUAAACGAUUUAGGAAAAGUAAAAAGAAAAGCACCGUCAAAAGAACAGGAAAUGCCAAUAUGACUAGGAUACGUCAAGUAGCACUCAAGUUAAAUGCCAAAUUGCGUCCUUCCACCAAGAAGCCAGGUUUACUGCCAAUGCCUAAAUCGUCUACUAAGGAAUAGAGGCAAUGAACAAAAUGAACAUGGAAUAGGCGUUUUAACUUAUUCAAAGAAUAUCUACAUGUUAUUUCGAGAAGCGCACUAAUGCAAAUAGACGAAUUGUAUAUUUGUGUUGUAAUUUAUACAUAAUACGAUACAUUUGAAUCGGUUAUUUCAAAAACGACACAAUUAAAGUUUUACACUAGCCACAAAGAACUUCAUAAAUAGUUUUUGCAGUAAUUCUAAUUUCUUGUACUCAACAUUUGUAUUAUUAUGAGUCUGACAAAUUUAGUUUUCACACAGAAUACGUAACUAAGUAUAUAAUUAUCAAAUUUGACAAAAAGUCGUUUUUUGAAAAAUCGGUGACUUAUGUCGUUUUUGAAAUGACCGAUUAAUUUAUCAAUGCAAUUUGCCCAAUAACCACGGUGGUGAGCUACACAUACUUUUUUAUUAAUUGUAGUAAGAUAUUAUUGUACAGACGUACAAUUUAUGCCGUUUUACACAAUUUGGUUGUGCUGUAUUUUUUAUCGAAAUUAUUCUAAGGCUGAUUAUAAAUAAAUAAUUUAAUUUCAUAGUUUUUACAAUUUAUAAAAACUAAAAAAAUACGUUAAUUGAAAUUAAUUACUCUAGGAGGUAUAGUGUAUAAUUCUAUACAUUAUGAGUGGGGUUAUAGUGUCCCGACUCCCUAGCGCACUUACAUCGCACUUUACGUUAUUAUUAUUAUUAUUAUAUUUUUGUAUAUUGUUCACCACAAGUGUUUUUAACAAAUAAUGUUAUUGAAUUAUCGACAAUUUUCUAUUUUUAUAAUAUACUGUAAUGCCUAUUUUUGUAGUUGUAAAUACUGUUGAAUAUUAUUAUAUUAUUUGUAAGGCGACGCAUUCAUACAUGUACUUCAUUAAUUU